ACUCCCCUUUCUUGUUUGACCGGAACACAGAACUCUCCUUAUAAGAAACUCAUUUGUAAAGGCAUCGAUUUUUUGUCAUUUCAUUCUAUUCCCACUCACCGGAGAAGAAGCAGCCUGAGAUUCGAGGCCAUAUCAUGGAUGAUCACAAGGUUAUGCUCGAACAAGUCUUUGGCCUAUCAUCCGAUAGCGAAGUCGAGGAUUCAAUGCACGAAGACGAUCGAUCGCGGCAUCUUCUGGCACAGAACCCCAUCUUCCAAUCUGUUCCCCAAAUUAAUGGCCUUUGGUUCUGCAGAGACUUUCUCUCUUCUGAUCAACAAUCUAUCUUGCUCUCCGCUAUCCGAAAGGAAGGGUGGUUCAACGAAGCCUUAAGAAAUCAGAAUCAGGCCAUGAGGUUCGGUGAUCUUCCGACUUGGUCUACCGAACUAUCAGACUCUAUUCGUGAAUUAGUGUUUUUUAAUGAUGAUGGUUUUCAAGGGGAUGGGCAAACCAGUGCAUUGCCAUGGGACCUACUCUGGCGAGAGCCGCUUUUCAACCAACUGAUUGUAAAUGUGUACGAGCCGGGUGAGGGUAUUUGUGCACACGUCGACCUUUUGCGCUUUGAAGACGGCAUUGCAAUCGUCUCGCUAGAAUCACCUUGCGUCAUGCAUUUUACAAGGGUUGAAUCAACAGCUGAUGGCGUUGAAAAUGAAGAAAAAUCAAGCUCAUCCACAACCAGGGUUCCCAUUUUACUCACACCGGGCUCCUUGGUUUUGAUGUCAGGGGAAGCUCGGUAUAACUGGAAGCACGAGAUCAAUCGCAAACCCGGGUUUCAAAUAUGGGAAGGACGCGAAUUAGAUCAAAUGAGGCGGACCUCCAUUACACUCAGGAAGCUUUGCCCGUCAGAGUAGGUUCCGUUUGUUUAUAUUUCUUGACCGACUUAUUCGAACAGAGAUGUCCUGAGUUUGGACGAAAUAUCAUUUUUAUUCAAUGGCUGAGCUUGUUUUCAGUAUGUGUUGUGUUAUUUGCUGCAAGAUACGGAAGAACGAUUCGAAUUAGUUGAUUCUGUUACUCGAUCAACAGUAAACUCUUUUUUGUUUUUUAAAAUAACCAGCCUCUGUCUCCCAGCUGGCGAUGAAUGUUGUUGAUUUACAACUGAGGCCAUGAUUCAAGUUUGACUAGUGCAAUAUAAUAUUGAUCAAGAGUUUGCUCA